AGCAGGAACCCGGACAUAAACCAAAACCUCCAACCUGUCAUCUUAGAUUUGUCAACGCGGAUUCUGGCGUGAGCUCGAAGAAGAGACCGAUUACAAAACAUUUGUUUGUGUGGUUUAUUCGACACAAUGAGGGCGGCUUUCCUGUUCCUCACCGUAUUUCUGAGUGUCUGCUCGAUCAGAGGAGCUUCAGUGCAAAAUCCUCUGAAGCCUACAGAUUUAAAGGAAACGCAGAAAAAUAUAUCAGAGCAGGCAACAGUUGCUGUAAAUGCAGAGAAAACUCUGCUUAAUACGACUGAACUAAAGAAACAGGACAUAAAACACUCUACGCAAACGCGAGCAGGGACACAAAGUCAGGCAGAGAAGCAGGCAGAGAAGCAGGCGGGUGUUGGCCUUAUCCAAACGGAUGUGACUAAUAAAGGGAAGCAAAAUCAAACUGACAAAGACAAACAAAAAGAGCAUUCAAGCGGAUCCACGUCUGACCUCACAGUUAUGAACGUACAACCCAAGCCUAAAACUGUAAUCCCACCUGAAGAUGCAGAGUCAGGGUCAAAGGUCACCAAGAUAGAUUCAGAAGAAGACAAAGACAAGAAAGGCAAAAUACCUUUGGAGGACGUCACUGGGGGGAAAAGACCUUUGGUGGACGUCACUGGGGGGAAAAGACCUUUGGUGGAUGUCACUGAGGACAACACGGAAGAAGAGGUCGUCGAGGAGCUCAAACCAGUAGAAGAGGACAGCGAACAUGGAAAAACCGGAGAGAAAGUUCCAUACGACCCAACUAGUAUAAAUCAUGAGGCAGAAAGCAGUCAUUUCUUUGCCUACCUCGUCACUUCAGCUGCGCUGGUAGCAGUGCUUUACGUCACUUACCACAACAAGCGCAAGAUAAUUGCAUUUCUUUUGGAAGGAAAGAAAUCCAGAGCCACACGUCGCCCGAAAGCCACAGAAUACCAGAAACUGGAACAGCAGAUGUAACCUCAAGUCAUUCUCUUGAAGCGGAAUGGUUGAGCAGCUGAAUAAACUGGUGGUUGUGUGUGAAGAGGGUGAUUAGAUACUGGCGUUGGAUAUUUUCAUGGUCGACUCUGCAUUGUUUUAACCUCGUGUUAAAUGGAAAUUCUUCUAUUUUAUACCUUUUAGUUGCUUAUUGUAUGACUAUGCAGACGACACUGUUGCCUUAUUGAGGACUUUAGUGAAAUGCAGUGAAGGUAAAAUAAGCAUGAUGUUUUUGCACUUGUGUCGUUAUUAUCUUGUAAUUUGACCUGACUAAGGUCUGGACUCAGGAUAUUUUAGUAGCAAAUGAAAAUAUUAGCUGUCUGGUUUCCAGAACACUGUGCACCAAAUAAGCCAUCUGGUUCUUUGUAAAAUACUGUGUUACAUUUGGUUGUUUUAAAUGUCGAUUUGAUGAUUUGUAUCACAAAUGUAUCGCAAUGGGAUUUCUGCUUAGCGCAUGACCAUGUGGUAUUGGCCAGAUGAAUGUAGGGACCUUUAUUUUCCAAACGAGACGCUCGCCCUCUUUAACUGCCUAAAUGCGGAGACUUAAACAUCUGAAAUAUUUGCUUGGAGAAAUAUUUUUAGGAAAAGCGUCAAUUUGCUUAGAUCAAUACAACUCUCAAAUAUUUCCAAUAAAUAACCCUGAAAAUGAGCAUAUUUCCCAAAAUGUUAAGAUACAACUGAAUGAUGUUUUAACUGCUGUCGUGGUGUUGGGCUCAUGUGCAAAGGCCUCUUAAUUUAUUCAGUUUAAAUGUUGUAUGAGGUGUGAUUCACAUUAAAAUAUUGUUUAUCUACA